UCUGGCUCCUGUACAUCCUCAAGAUGAAUUACACUGCUGAAGAGUGUGACCUGAAAAGAGUGCAUUAUGUGGACCCUGACCGGAUAAAGGCGCAGAAGCUGCUGUUUCAGGCCUUGGAACGUGAGCAGCCCUGAUUCAUUCUCCUGGAUGUGCCACCUUGAAACCACAAGGGGAACUCACUGGUGACCUUGUCUUGGGCACCACAGGGAGUGUGAGGCUGGGAUACCGUUAGUCAGUUCCCCUUUACCAAAAAGAAGUUAAUCCCCCACAUGCACACACACUGCCCUUCAUAGGCACUAAAUAGCUUUUCAAGGCUAUACUUUAAAAGUAUUUUUAAAGGUUUUCUACUGAGAUGAGGGAAAUGUUUCCAUCGAAAACAUAUUUUAUAAAAAUCAGACAAUGGCUGAUGUGGUGGCUCCAAGUGUAAAAAGCACCUGCUGCUGAGACGGACAACAGUUCAUCCCUAGCCCCACACACAGAGGCAGAAAACUGGCUCCCAUAAGUUGACUCCAGAUACCCCAUACACACAAACAAGAAUGCAUGCACACAGACACACAUACACACCUAGGCACACACAGAGCAAAGUGUAAUAAAGUAGAGUAAAAUAAUAAGACAGGAAAAGUAGCUGAGGUAAUAUUUAAAAUUACAACAGUAAGAAUCUUCAUGAUACACUGACAGGUUUGAAGACAAGACAUAUUCCUAAAAAUAGAUAUCCCCCUGGGACAUAUGGGAGCCUGUCCCACACAUCCACACAGACUCCUGUGCACACAAGAGGAAGCUGCAGGGGGGAGGGGCAGGUCUGUGAGGCUGUCAGACUCAAGAAUGGGGAGCGCAGAACAGGAGGGAGCAGUGUGUGGGAGGCCUCCUGACUGCGCCUCUGCAGUGGCCCCGCUGGUAGGAGGACCAGCUCGGACAAGGAGCCAGCAAGGUCUGCGUGGUCAGGACACACGUUCUCUGAUAACACUGAAGGUCAUUCGUCUUCCAGACAGCACAAAGCUGAUUAACCCUGUUGAGAAACAGAACUGUUUAUUACCCAGCUGGUUAGAAAACCUGAAGCUCUUUAUUAUCAUCACAGUAAAAGUCAAACAAACAAAAAACAAACAAAAACCCAUGUAACAAAAUUUACCAUGUAGCCAGCCCUGAGGGCCGAUUGUGAAAUGCCAAGCAAACAGACCACUAAACUCUGUGAGUGCUUGCGUGCAUGUGUAUGUGCACCAUAACACAGUAUGGAGGUCAGAGGGCCACUCCUGGGGGUCAGCUCUCUGCUUCUGUCCUGUAGGUCCCAGAGAUUGAACUGUCAGGUCAGCAGCAGGCACCUUUACCUACUGAGCCAUCUUUCCGGCCCUCCAGAAUCUUUCAAAAACACCAUGUUUGUGCCUGUCGGACACAUUCCUUAUCUCCCCAGCUCCUCAGUCCCUGGUCCCACAAUCCUCCUCGGUGUUUUCUGUAGAUAUGACCACUUUGCAUACUGCAGGUAAGUGUAGUCAGUCAACUUAGGGCCCAUCUUCUGGAGACAGUUUGUCUCAGUGGCAUAAUGAAAGUAAGAGCCUUGUCCUGCGAUGUGGCCCUCCGGUUCCUUCCAGUUCCUGAGCAAAACACUAACCCUAAAAGAAAGCUCAGAGAUCUGUUCAGGAAGUCUUAAAGAAGGAAUGUCGGCCCAGGCACACGAAGACAGCCAUGACUCAAUUAUUUGAGGACAGGUACAGCGCCAACCUGGAGCCUUUUGUGCAGAAGGUCCCCACAGACAGUGAAGCGGAGCUCAAGUAUGACCCACCUUUUGGAUUCCGGAAGUUCUCCAGGAAAGUCCAGAGCCUCUUGGAUAUGCUGCCUGAGCAUGACCUUCCCGAACACUUGAGAGCCAAGCACUGCAAGCGCUGUGUGGUUGUUGGGAACGGGGGCAUCCUCCACGGACUAGAGCUGGGCCACGCCCUCAACCAGUUCGAUGUGGUAAUAAGGUUAAACAGUGCACCAAUUGAGGGUUAUUCUGCACAUGUUGGAAAUAAAACUACUAUAAGGAUGACUUACCCAGAGGGUGCUCCGCUGUCGGAUGUUGAGUACUACGCCAAUGACUUGUUCGUUGCUGUUUUAUUUAAGAGUGUUGAUUUCAAGUGGCUUCAAGCAAUGGUUAAAAAUGAAAGCCUGCCAUUUUGGGUUCGUCUCUUCUUUUGGAAGCAGGUGGCAGAAAAAAUCCCACUCCAGCCAAAGCACUUCAGGAUUUUGAACCCAGUUAUCAUUAAAGAAACUGCCUUCGACAUCCUUCAGUACUCAGAGCCUCAGUCAAGGUUCUGGGGCCAUGAUCAGAACAUCCCCACCAUCGGCAUCAUUGCCACUGUCUUGGCCACGCACCUGUGUGAUGAAGUCAGCCUGGCAGGCUUUGGCUACGACCUCAGUCAGCCGCGGACCCCGCUGCACUACUUUGACAGCCAGUGCAUGGGCGCCAUGAACUGGCAAGUCAUGCACAAUGUGACCACAGAGACCGAGUUCCUCCGGAAGCUGCUCAAAGAGGGUGUGGUGCAGGACCUCAGUGGGGGCAUCCACUGAGUUCUGAACACAGCAGACCUCACGUAGGCGUGUGGCCGAGAGCUGUGGGGAGCAGCCUCCACCGGGAGUUUACCCUGCAGCUGCUAAGACGUGCAGCUAGUGUUUUUUAAACUCAAUUUAAAAAAAGAGAAAGAGAACAACAGCAACAACAAAUGUUCUGCUCUUCACACCUCUUUGUCCUAUUUAUUUGAAGUCAGUGUUGGGUUUUGCAUGAUUUUGUAAGUUAAUUUUAAGAAUGGGAUCGGAAGGACUUUUCAAAGAGAAUUGUAUGGUUUAUUGUAAUUUAAGGAAAUCAUUCAAUUUGCAAAAACUGUACACAUGUACUCUGCCCAGGUGUUGAGGUGGGGGAGAGGGGCUUCUGGCCCUUUAAUGACGCCCUCAAUACCUGAAUCUGGGACUGCUGCUCUGUUUGGGAGAACUGAUGGCAGAGGAACUUCCUGCCUCCGGGAUGAAGGGAGGGCUUCCUCAUCACCUCUGGCAGCUGCCAGAGGCUGGGGGUCUGCUAAGCAAGUUCAUAACCGCACUCUGCUAGCCCAUCUGCCAAAAGGCUCCCAGGACUCAGACAGAACAGCUGUCCCGGAGGCUGCUGGUUAGUGAGCCACUGUCAGCUGACACCAUGAUGUGAUGCUGCCCCAAGAUGGAGGAAGCCAUACUUCCUACACUGUCAGGGCACUUUUAAACUUCUGGAGAAAUGUGUGUGUAUGUGUGUGUGUUUGUGUUUGUUUGUUUGUUUGUUUGUUUGUUCUGCCCUCCCAAAGCACUUAAGUGUUAUUUAAGGCACUCUGCUGUUUGUCUGAAAUGAUUCAUCAAAAUUAUGACAAAGCCUUUGUUAGCCAGAGUGAGCCCUCUCCAGGAUGAUGACAUUUCUGAAGCACUGGAGUGAAAUCUCCCCAUUGUUAUAACUUAAACGAAUUUGAAAUGCCCUGAAGUGUGUGUAUCAAGCAAUGUAAAAGGAGGAGGAGGUGGGGUGGGGAGGAAAAAGAAAAGAAAGAAAAAAAGAAUAAAAGCUUUUGAGGA